UUCCGCCUCUCCGCCGGGCCGCCCGCACCAUGGCCGCCUCCACCUCCCUCUUCGCCCCCGGCGCCCUCACCGCCGCCAAGCUCACCGUCGCGCACCCACCCAGCGCCUCCCGCCGCCGCGUGGGCGCGCGCCGCGGCCGCCUCUCGGUCGUCGCCGUGCAGACGGGCCCACAGAAGCCCUCCCCGUCCCCGUCCCCCUCACCCGCCGCGGCCGACGAGGCCGAGGCCCUGCAGAACCUCCUCAAGCGGGAGUACAAGUACGGCUUCGUGUCGGACUUCGAGUCCUUCUCCAUCCCCAAGGGCCUCUCGGAGGCCACCGUCCGCCGCAUCUCGGAGCUCAAGGCGGAGCCCGCCUGGAUGCUGGACUUCCGCCUGGCGGCCUACCGCCGGUUCCUCACCAUGGCGGAGCCCGUCUGGAGCGACAACGUCUACACCCCCGUCGACCUGCAGUCCCUCUGCUUCUACUCCGCCCCCAAGGCCAAGCCCAAGCUCAACAGCCUCGACGAGGUGGACCCGGAGCUGCUCCGCACCUUCGACCGCCUCGGCAUCCCGCUCGGCGAGCAGAAGCGCCUCUCCAACGUCGCCGUCGACGCCGUCAUCGACUCCACCUCCAUCGCCACCACCCACCGCGAGGCGCUCAUGGCCAAGGGCGUCAUCUUCUGCUCCAUCUCCGAGGCCGUCCGCGAGUACCCUCACCUUAUCAAACGCUACCUCGGCACCGUCGUCCCCCCCGGGGACAACUACUACGCGGCCCUCAACUCCGCGGUCUUCAGCGACGGCUCCUUCUGCUACGUGCCCAAGGACACCGUCUGCCCCAUGGAGAUCUCCACCUACUUCAGGAUCAACGACAAGGAGACCGGCCAGUUCGAGCGGACCCUCAUCGUGGCCGACGAGAGGAGCACGGUUAGCUACUUGGAAGGAUGUACCGCUCCGGCCUACGACAACAACCAGCUCCACGCGGCCGUGGUGGAGCUCGUGUGCGAGGAGGCGGCCGAGAUCAAGUACUCCACCGUGCAGAACUGGUACGCGGGCGACGAGGAGGGGAAAGGGGGCAUUUACAAUUUUGUCACCAAGAGAGGCCGCUGCAAGGGCCGUGGCUCGAAGAUCUCGUGGACGCAGGUUGAAACUGGGUCGGCCAUCACCUGGAAGUACCCGAGUGUGGAGCUUGUUGGGGAUGACACCGUUGGGGAGUUCUACUCGGUGGCGCUGACGAAGGAUUACCAGCAGGCGGAUACAGGGACCAAGAUGAUCCACAAGGGGAAGAACUCACGCAGCAGGAUCAUAUCCAAGGGUAUUUCGGCUGGGAAGUCGAGGAAUUGCUACCGGGGCCUGGUUCAGAUGAAUUCUGGUGCGGAGAAUGCUUACAAUUCUUCGCAGUGUGAUUCGUUGCUCAUUGGGGAUAACGCUGCCGCCAACACCUACCCCACUAUUCAGGUGGGUUGCACCAGUGGCCGUGUUGAGCAUGAGGCGAGCACUUCUAAAAUUGGGGAGGACCAGCUAUUUUAUUUCCAGCAAAGAGGGAUAGACCAUGAAAAGGCCGUUGCAGCCAUGAUCGGUGGAUUCUGCAGAGCUGUUUUUGAGCACCUUCCUUACGAGUUCGCCCAGGAGGUAGAUGCGCUUAUGAACCUGAAGCUUGAGGGAUCAGUUGGCUAAGUUGUUGGCUCAAAAAGUCCGAAUAUCACACGAUAAUUAUCUACAAAUCAUAUGAUGAUUAUCUAGAAACUCCAUAUGUACAGCGGUAUGAGGAAUCAAGGACUGAGAAUAAUAAAUUACAUGAUAAAUGGGUUUCUCAUAGCUCGUCUGCCUGUCAAGGUGCCAUGACAGCAAAGAGAAACCGUGAUGCUUCUCUUCUGUUUGUCCAUUUUUGUUUCUGGUUCUUCUGCUGUAAAGGAGCUCAUGUUGGGAUGCCUAUACAAGACAAAGAAACUGUGAUCUUUACAUUGGGAUUCUGGAGAGGCAUCAACUUAUGUAUGUGCAACUUGAAUUCUAUGAAACAUAUUUCUGAUGGGAACAUCUUAUGGAGGAUAUGUUCGAUUCAAUGAAUGGAAAACAUUGCAUA